CUGGGUUAAAGUCACAAAGUUGUUAGUGGGAAAAUUAUUGAACAUGGAGGAAGAAACUAGCCAGCCUAAACGAGGGAUUCUGAGGAACAAGUCCGAAGAUAAACACCAUUCAGGCAUUCACUGGGAUGAAAUGAACAUUUUGAUGACACAUCAUCCCCCGGAUAAAGACUAUGGCCACAUUAAGAUCAAUGAACCCCCAACACCGUACAACAAAUGGAAAGAUCCUGACGAUGAAGGAGCUGAAGGGACUGUGGAGCCAUUCUCUGAUGACGAGGCUGAUCCUGAAAAGUUAGAUCCAGAAAACUUGCAUGACAGGAUUAAAGAUGCUCCAAAAAGAGGUUCGUGGGAAGAAAGUGCAGACAAUGGCGAUGAUGAUGUUGAUGACGAGUUAUCGGAGAGUCAGAAAGAACUAAAUAAAGAGUUCAAAGAUAAGAGAAAGAAACAUUACAAUGAGUAUUCCAAAGUUAAACUUGCAAGGAAACUUAUAGAACAAGAGUUGAAAGAUCUAGAAGAUGCAGAUGACUCUGUAGCAAACAACACUAAAGAAGGACCAAGCUCCUCGCAAGAUGCUGCUGAUACGCAGAUGGAUGAGACAUAAGGAAGGCUAAUAAGUGAAUACACGUCGUGUUUUUAUUGUAAUAAAUUGCUAAAACAAUGUUGUUUGGUCAGAUACUGUACACUGGAGAAGAAAUUAACAGCAGAUUGUAAACAAAUGUACAUAAAAGUGUAUUGACAUAGCAGAUUAUAUCAAGAAAGAGUACCUCUAGCAAACAGCUUAUAUAGCACAAUGCAAAACACUGAUUCCACUCAAAUUAAAUGUUAGAGCGACAACAAACCUUGAAACAGUUAUUUGUAAACUAAUGAACUCUGUCAAGUAUAUAAUAUAUGCUUACAAUCAGUGGAAUACAGCCAUGUUUCUAUCCAAAUAAUUAACCUUGAAUUCACUCAGAUAGCACGAACGGACAAAUUCAGUUUAAGGGAAUUCAGUCUUGCUUGCGCUCACCCUCAACAGGAACUCAGUGUAUUCUGCUGCUGUUUAAUGUAGCAUGGUCGCAUUGUUUCAUGAUCAAAUGAUAGCAUAAUGAUGAUUUUACAGCUAGCUAGUAGAUGUUCACUUUGAAAUCACUUUGAAAUGCAAAAUAACUAUAAAGAAUAAAAACCUCAGUUUAUACACCUCA